AUGGCUGCUGCUUUAUAUGAUAUUCAUGAUGGCACAUGGUUACCUACCAUCAUCGAUCAAUUAUGGUGCCCAACAUGUUCCUCCCAAACGGAAGAUGUUCCUUUUUGUGAAACGUGUCAACGAAUAUUUCUGCUCCUAGUAGAAAAUCUUCCUGAUAAUGACCAAUCGAAAUCAAUAACGUCUCGUUCUCAAUAUACAAGAAACGACAAAACUAAAAAUGAGCAAUUGGAUGUAUAUGAUCAAUCAAAAACUACUUCAAAUAAGACACAUUUUAUCGACGAUCAAUUUCCUCAUUCAGCACGAUUUAUUGGGUCAGACUCAUUCACACAAGUUUCCAAAUGGCUACGAAUAUCAAAUGUUGCUCCAUCAUCUGAUAGUGAUCGUAAAUUAUCAUGGACAAUAUUUUCGUCACCUACACCGAGUGAUAUUCAACAAGGUGCUUUAGGCAAUUGUUGGUUAGUAGCUGCUUUAGCUUUGAUUUCUGAACGACCUCGUUUACUUGAACACAUUCUUCUUACAAAAACAGUCAAUAAUGAAGGUGUUUAUCUAGUACGCAUUUGUCAUAAUGGUUUGUGGAAAACAAUUAUUGUUGAUGAUUACUUUCCAUGCACAAAACAUAACCAGCUAGUCUUUACUCAAGCCAAGCGUCGUCAAUUGUAUGUUCCGUUGAUCGAAAAAGCAUGUGCAAAACUAUUUGGCUCGUAUGCCGCUCUAAGAAGUGGAAAUAUGCGUGAAGGUCUUCAAUUAUUGACUGGAGCACCAUGUGAUUAUAUUGAUCUUAAACCAUCGGAUACUACACUUGAUGAUGAUAUUAUCUGGGCUAAACUUAUAUCUGCUUGCGAAUUAAAAUUAUUGAUUGGAGUAUCAUCAGGUGGAACUGGUGUGAGCUCAGAAGAAUAUGCUCGUGUUAAUAUUCAUGAUAAUCAUGCUUUUUCUGUCCUUGCUGCAAAUGCACUCGGCAGUAAAUCAUCUCGAUUUGUGCUUGUUCGUGAUCCUCAUUCUCAUUCAGAUUAUCGAGAAAAAUCAGUGGCAGAUAGUGUUCUCAAACAAUUACAUUUAGUUAAUCCUGCGCAACGUUCUACAGGUGCUUUUUGGAUAUCAUGGCCUCGAUUUCUUCGUUAUUUUUCAUCAUUAACUAUUUCAACUUAUGAUAGUGAUCUAUUUGAUAUACGUGAACAAGGUAAAUUUACUCAAUCAUGUACUCAAUCUGUUAUGACUUAUCAUUUUCAUGUGCCAAAAACGUCAUUCAUCAACAUAAGUUUGAUAUAUCAUCGGCAUGAUCGAAAAACACAUAGUUCUCAUACUCAGUCAUUCGUUCUAUGCGAUGCUGAUGAAUUAACAUCAACUGGUACUGUCGGUAAACGAGAGACUAUAUUGAUAUGUAAACGUGGAGGUUUCACAUAUUGGACAGGAUCAUUACAAGCUGGUUAUUAUGUACUUAUACCUUUCUCUAUUAGUUUCUGGCAGCAUAAUAAACAAAAUAGAGAUUUUACGCUUGUCAUACAUUCAAGUGUUCAACUUGAUUUAACUAUGAAAUAUAAACCAGCAACAUUUCUUGCUGACUGCCUAAUUUCAGCUGUUAUAAAAAAUUCCAAAAAGAAACAGGGCAAAGAUGCUGUAUUUUAUACAACAUCUGGCAAAUUAGGAAUGAAGAUAUUCAUCGUCGAGAAUGUAUCAAUAAAAAAUUAUCUAAGUUUGGAUAUCGAUGUACAGCUGGCAAAAAAUGUUCGUCAUUCUCGCUUGAUUAAGUUUCCUAAUAGCACUCAUGAUUGUAUUCCACCACGACACCGUCAAGUGAUAUGUAUUACAGAAUGGAUUGAUAAACAUGGAGAAUCGGCUUGUUUGGAUUAUAAGUAUUCGCAUCAACAUGAAAACCAAGCGACUGAUCCAAGACCACCAAUUAAUAUUUCUCAAUACGACAUGCACUCACCACGAGGAUUUUAG